GCCGAAUUUCAGCAACCUCUUGAUCACAAUGAUCCCAGCAAAGGCACCUUUGCCAUUCGAUAUUGGUUCGACACAACUUACUGGAAGGGCCCUGGUUCGCCUAUCGUUUUGACGACCUAUGGCGAGACUGAUGCGACAUACUACAUCAAUGGCCUGACCAACAGAAGCAUGGUCGGGGUUACAGCAAAAGCGAUUGGCGCUGCCGCAAUUCUCGUGGAGCACAGAUACUUCGGCCAGUCGAUUCCGGUGGACAGCCUGACGACUGCCAACAUGAAGUACCUGACCUUGGAGGACUCGCUCAAAGACCUUUCGUACUUCGCCCGCACCGUCGAACUGCCUUUUGCUAGAGACGCCGGCUGCGCCAGCAACGCUGCAGAUGUGCCAUGGGUAUUGAUGGGGGGAUCAUAUGCCGGAUCUCUGGCCGCCUGGACGGCAAAGCUCUUUCCGGACACCUUCUGGGCAUACUACGCUUCUAGCUCAGUGGUGCACCAGACCGCCGCCUUCUGGCAGUUCUUUGAGCCGGUCAAGCAGAACAUGCCGCAAGACUGCCGGGACGACGUCACGGCCGUCAUUGACCACAUGGACGAAAUUCUUAUUCACGGCUCCGAACAGAACAUUGCCGAUUUGAAAGCUCGUUUCGACUUCCCGGCCAAGAUAGACAGCGUCGACUUUAUGUACGCUCUUGCGAGGGCGCCUUCGCUGUGGUUCCAAAGGGAUAUCGCCAGCGAGGCCAAAGAGGGCGCCCCGAGGGCUAAAUUCCUCGUCUGGUGCGACUACGUCGAGAAUGCCGUCAACAAGUCCAGUUCGUCGACCGCUGGACCCGUCGGCGUCGAAGCAGCUCUCGAUGGCUAUGCCAAGUGGUGGCAUGAGCUUGGUGCAAAUGAAGCUAAGAGCGAAACCGGCUGCACUCCGGAUACUACCAACUUCGACUGCUUCGACACAACCGAGACCGGACCAAUAACAGACAGGUCUCUGAGCCUCGCAGACGAUAUUUCAUACUCGUGGAUGCAGUGUAGCUGGCCGGACGAGAAUUUCCAGGUCGGCGCGCCUCCGGGCAUACCGUCUCUCCUCUCGCGUUUGAUCACAGUUGAACACCGCCUGACGAGCUUCUGCGCCAAGUACUUUCCCCCCGGACCCAACGGAGAGACGUACGGCAUUGCAAAGGGCCUAACCGCAGAGGACGUCAACGCCUACACCGGCGGCUGGGACGUGAGCGGCACCACCCGCCUUAUCUACGUGAACGGUGAAUACGAUAUGUGGAGAGCAGGUGGCGUGUCCUCAGAUCAGCGACCUGGUGGGCCGCUACAAGAUACUCCACAGAUCCCGGUCAAGGUCGUGCCAGGUGGAUUUCAUUGCAGUGAUUUGUCCACAGCGAAUGGAAACGCGAGUCCGCGUCUGAGACAGGUGCAAAAUGAGGUCGUAGCGCAGUUGGAGGAGUGGGUUCGGGAAUGGCCUAAG